CAAAGAACGACUCGCUGAUAUAGUUUUCUGCGAGCUUUUUUAUGCCUCAGUAUCUCAAGCUGAGCCACCAAUUUAUCCAAAUCAUUACAUUGCAAAGUUAGAAUGUACAGGCCAUAUACAGAAAUGUAUGGGAAAGAGACUAAUGGCAAAAGUAAAAGAGUGCAAGGGAAAAUCAUAUGAGGAUCGAGGCUGCAAGUACACUGGGAUUGGAGGCGCAGUGCGACUAACACAAAAAAAAAAUCAACAAAAUUCAAGGCCACUGUGGAGCAGCCAUAAGGGGAAACAAGGGAGACUCUGCUGCCAUGAGACUUGCUA